AUGAAUGAUCAGAAGACACCGAGACAGAUCAAUGUAAUUGAUGAAUUGUUGAAAGUUACUACUCCUGUUACCGCCGAUGGUAUGGCAGGAACGUCUAGUGGACGAGCUGAGCAAUCUGUUAACCAAGAUGGAGCCUGGCAAUCGUAUGCAGCUAAGCUGUUAUCGACCCAAUCUCCGCAGAAGGUAAAUUUUCGGUAUUUAGAGAACGUUCAGGCAGUUGAAGAUGUUGACGUAAUGAUACCUAUUGAAUCUGUCCAGCAAGUUCAAAACAGGUUUGCAAAUGUUUUGUUCGGAUAUUUUUUAGGAAAAAGGCUAGCAUUCCCUGUGGUGGACUAUUUCGUUAGAAACAGAUGGGAUAAAUACGGGAUUCAGAAAUGCAUGAUGAACGGGAAAGGUUUUUUCUUCUUUAAGUUUAACUCUAAGGAGGGGAUGGAUCAAAUCCUUCAGGAUGGGCCAUGGCUCAUAAGAAACAUGCCGUUAUUUUUGAAGUAUUGGUCUCCAAACACGGAACUGAAAAAAGAGGAGCUUAAAAAGAUCCCGGUUUGGGUUAAAAUGCACGAUGUUCCGUUAGCUGCGCACACCGAAGACGGGUUGAGUUUAAUUGCUUCAAAGAUUGGGGUCCUGAAAGUACUUGAUAAUGAAACAUCUAAAAUGUGCACCGAGUCAUGGGGUAGGAGUGGAUUUGCUAGAGCGGUCAUAGAGCUUGAUGCGGAGAAGGAAACUAAGGAGAACAUUAUGAUUGCUAUUCCGAAUGUAGAGGAUGGGGGGAUUUUAAAGAGUAACAUAAGGGUUGAAUACGAAUGGAAGCCACCUAGGUGCAAUACUUGCAAGGUUUUUGGUCACAUACCUGAGGAAUGCCCGAAGGUGAGGGUUGAAAGAGUUGAUACGGAAAACAAAGGGAAGAAUAAAAUAGAUGAGCAAGGGUUCAAAUAUGGUAAUAACAGGAAAAAAGUUUCAAAGCAACAGUAUCAUGUUUAG